AUGAAUUUCCCUGGACUUCUCUUUAUAUUUCUAGUCAAUUCUCAAUUCUUUGUGAGCAUUGAGGCAGCUGAAUCCACAACUCCUGCUUCUGAAAACUGCAAGUCAUGUGAUCCCUUAUCUCUGAAACUUGUUAGCAGGAAUAACACACCAGCCCCAAUUAUCAUGGGAAACUUCCACGAAAAUGGAUGUGUAGUGACAGUGGUGGCAUGUGAUAUUCCAGAAUGUUCUGAUGCGGUUCUAGACAGUUAUCUCCCAGAUGGGUCAUUCAAACGAGUCACAAAUGAUGACGGAACUGUUUGGCCUCAUUUGGAAUUGACAUGUAGUCCGGAAGGGAAGUAUAUGUGGAAUGAAGAAGUCCAAACUGAGUUUUCUUGCUAUUCAGAGGAUUGCUAUAUUCCGACUACUACGUCCCCUUCUACCGUAUCCGAAUAUACUCUCACCACGACAGUGAAUAGUAUCGAAUCUACUGCGUACUCUGAGUCAACUGAUUACACAGUGUCACUAGCUUCAACUACAUCAGAUCGUGAGUCUCCCAUUAAGAUGAGUGCAUUUCAACAUUUUCAGGAUGCAAUGGACACUGUACCGAUUUCGAAAAAACAAAUUUCCAACGAGGGUUGUGGCACCUAUUUUGUGGAUUGCAGACCGGAGAAAGGACAGAUUUGUGACAAUAUUUUGUUAUAUAACGGACUCGAAGUAGUGUCCCAGAGCCCAGUGUGUGCCCAGUUGCCAGUUUCUUGUGCUGGAAAUGGGUUUGGGAACGAAGGAGUCGGAGUUGUGAGCAACAUGUUCUGCAAGUUCAAGAAUUGUAGAGAUAACGUCACAAGUACAUCAGAGGAAACUACUCCGUCCCUUUCUACCGUAUCCGAAUACAGUUUCACCACGACAGUGAAUGGCACCGAAUCUACUGUAUCUGUCGAGUCAACUGACUACACAGUGUCACUUGCCUCAACAACUUCAGAUCGUUGCAAUGGACACUGUACCGACUUCGAGAACAUACUGCUUAAUGACAAUGUGAAGUUAACAAGACCAGUUCUUAAACAGAUGUCCAAUGAGGGAUGUGGCACCUAUUUGGUGGAUUGCAGGCCUGAGAUAGGACAAGUUUGCGACAAUAUUGUGUUAUAUAGCGGGUUCGAAGUAGUGUCUCAAAGCCAAAUAUGUGCCCAGUUGGUAGUUUCUUGUGGUGGAAAUGGAUUCGGGAAUGAAGGGGUCGGAGCUGUGAGCAACAUGUUCUGCAAGUUCAAGAAUUGUAGAGAUGACGUCACUUCGGAGAAAACUACCUACUCUGAGUCAAAGGGCAUCACUACGUCGAAUUAA